AUGUGUUUAACAUGGGUGUCUCUGUAACAGGAAUCUUACCCAUCUUCUUCACCAAUAUGGUUUGUGGACUCUGAUGACCCAAAUCUGACAUCAGUGCUGGAACGUCUAGAAGAUACUAAGAGCAACAAUUCGCUUCGUCAGCAAUUGAAGUGGUUGAUAUGUGAACUCUGCAGAUUAUAUAACCUUCCUAAGCACCUGGAUGUUGAGAUGCUAGAUCAACCAAUACCCACGGGUCAGAAUGGGACCACAGAAGAAGUGACUUCAGAAGAGGAGGAAGAGGAAGAGAUGGCUGAAGAUAUAGAAGACUUGGAUCACUAUGAGAUGAAGGAAGAAGAGCCUGUUAGUGGAAAAAAAUCAGAGGAUGAAGGAAUUGAAAAAGAAAACUUGGCAAUACUAGAGAAAAUUAGGAAGACUCAAAGGCAAGACCAUCUCAAUGGUGCAGUAUCUGGGUCUGUGCAAGCUUCAGAUAGACUUAUGAAAGAGCUCAGGGACAUAUACAGAUCACAGAGUUAUAAAGCAGGGAUUUAUUCAGUGGAACUGAUAAAUGACAGUUUAUAUGACUGGCAUGUUAAACUGCAGAAGGUUGAUCCUGAUAGUCCUUUGCACAGUGAUCUUCAGAUCUUAAAAGAAAAAGAAGGCAUAGAAUAUAUUUUGCUUAACUUCUCUUUUAAGAGCUCAAAAAUAGAAGGAACAUUGAGAUGUAGAGAAUUAAAUAGGAUUCCUUUUCUCUUUUUAAGGUAUGUGUUGGGCGGUGGAGCACUAUGUAUGGAACUUCUCACAAAACAGGGCUGGAGCAGUGCCUACUCAAUAGAGUCAGUUAUCAUGCAAAUCAAUGCCACGUUAGUCAAAGGCAAAGCCAGAGUGCAGUUUGGAGCAAAUAAGAAUCAAUAUAAUCUAGCAAGAGCCCAACAAUCCUAUAAUUCCAUUGUACAGAUACAUGAGAAAAAUGGCUGGUACACCCCUCCAAAGGAAGAUGGCUAAAUAUGUUGACUGCCGUAUGUUUGGACCAAUGUUGCUUUAAAGAAAAUCUUUCCAACAUGCAGACACAAGCUUUGAGUGCCCCUAUAACAGCAGUACCGAAGACGUUAGCUAAUAGAUAUUUUAGUGGAUAAUCUGUCAAUUGACAUCCAGUAUGAGUUACAGCCUUUUCAUUUUGCUCAUUUACAUAUCUUGGACUGAGCAGUGGGGCCUUUACUGUAUUUUUUGUGAUAAAUACACUUACUGGCCACUCAUGAUCUCUUUUUCUUGAAAAAUCUGUCAAGCAGACAAGUCAGCAUCAGGUUACAGAAGUUGCAACUCUGGUAACUUUCCCAUAUUGAGCUCAUGUGUUAUGAAGACUUGCAAUAUACUGUUCCGUUUAGAGCCAAUAAAAGUUUAAUUGAUGUUUAAUAUUGGUUUAGAAAAUUUAAGGUCUUCUAAAUAACAGUAGCUUUUUCAAGUUAAAACCAUUUUUUGAUAUUGCCAAAAUAAUGACAGGAAGCCUACUUAUUAAAUUGUUAAACUUUUUUAUGGCUAGGUGAAGAUGCGAAUUGUUUCCCGAAGAUAUGCUCUUAAUUGAGUUGUAUUGUACUUUUUAGGCAAAGCAAAGCAAGGCUGUGUAAAUUAAGUAGUAAUUUCCACUGGGGCAUCAGAGUCUUGCUGGGCUGAAUCUGCUUCUUGUUGGUUCAGUAUUUCAUAUGAAGAACUGCAGUAUAGAGCUUGAAGUUAUUUAAAAUACUAAAUCAUUUUUAUUUUACGUUUCCAUUUUAUUAACGGGAUGUUGCAAUCAUUUUUAAACUAAUAAACUUGUAAAGUGAUUGGCACAAAGACCGAAUCCUUGAGCAAAAGCUGCACAGUAAAGUACAAAAAGAUACCUAAUUUGGAGACUCUUAAAAUUUUUGCUGUAGUCGAACAAUGGCUUUUGCAUUGAAAGACUAAUAGGAACUCUACAUAUGUUCAUUCUUUUAUAAAACCUGACGCAAAUCAGUGUACCUCCAUUUUAUUGCCUUACCUGAAUCAGUCCUGUUUGGUUGGUGAUAGAUUUUUUUUAUCUACCCAAAUUUGAUUUAAAAGUAAAUUCUAGUUAUUAAGCACUUUUAAAAUGAAAUCCAGAAGCACAUUUUCUGCACAAACAAGUUACAAAAUUCAAAAGUGUUUCCUAUGCAUUUGCUCUAAGUUUCAAUUUUUAACUUUGUAAACCACAUCAGAGGAACUUGGCACUUCUGCAUUAUUGUGUGUUUAAUUUCUUUUUGUUCUGUUUUGGUUAAGAGGACAGUAGAAAAAGAUUUUCUGGCAUUUUUGUUUACUUGGUUACAUUUGUAUAAAGUUCUGAUUGCCAGUUGCUGAGAUAAUAAGUGACCAGGCAGAAUUCUUUAAAGCAUUAAAAUUCCUUAAACCUAAGGCUAAAUCUUGAAUACAUUAUUGAAUUCUUUAAUAUCCUGAUGGCUAGCAGAUUGACAGCUGCACAUUUGGCAUGCUUUGUUUUUUGGGGGGUUUUAUUUUUCAUUGCAGAUUUAUUUGGCAAUGUACAGUAAAUUUUGUAAACUUGCAUCAAGUUUAUGAAUAAAGAACCAUUUAAAAAAUAA